AUGUUUCCUGGACGACGUGGGCUUAAACCACUUUUUGUGGAAGGAGUUGCCGCGUUUCUCUCGUAUGCGUUUGCUCAAGAAUGUUGUCGCAGGGAAGGAGGGGUAAGGUGUCCGUGUUUAAAGUGUGGUUGCAGAAAUAUUAUCAGUGACCCUAGUGAAGUGAAGCGUCACUUGGAGAGAGUGGGUUUUAGGCCAAAUUACUGGGUUUGGACAUCUAAUGGGGAAACAAUGCAGGAGAUGAAUAGAGAGGCUUCUAGCAGUCAAACUCAUAUAGAACCAGAUAUAAAUAGAGUUGAUCCAGGGAGUAGUUCGUCACAUAUGCAGUGCCAGGAGCAAUUUAAUCUUGUCGAGGAGAUGUUCACUGACGCAUUAGGGGUGAAUGUGGCGUAUGAUGAACCACAAGACUUAGAUGGAGAAGAGCUCCCGAAUGAGAAAGCUCAAAGGUUUUAUCAGCUGUUGAAAGAAAUAAAUAUACCAUUGUUUGAGGGGUCUUCUGACUCUAAGCUAUCAAUGUGUGUGAGACUUUUGGCUGCGAAAUCAAAUUGGAAUGUUCCUGAUCAGUGUUUAGAAUUCUUUGCGAGAUUGAUGUUGGACGCGACUCCUGUGAAAGAAAACAUGCCUACAAGUUAUUAUGAUGCAAAGAGGGUGGUGUCGAAGUUGCAAAGAAUGUUUGCAUCAAUGCACAGUGCAAGCCAAAUGGCAUGGCACCAUACAAACAGAAUUAGUUCAGGCAUGAUGCGACAUCCAUCUGAUGGCGAGGCAUGGAAACACUUUGAUAGAGUUCAUCCUGAAUUUGCACUUGAACCUAGGAAUGUCCGACUUGGAUUAUGCUCAGAUGGUUUCACUCCUUAUAAUUUUUCAGGAAAUGCAUAUUCUUGUUGGCCAGUUAUUGUUACCCCGUACAAUCUCCCUCCUGAGAUGUGCAUGACGAAACCUUACAUGUUUUUGACAUGCAUCAUUCCGGGACCGUCGAGUCCAAAGGCGGGAAUCGAUGUUUAUUUGCAACCUUUAAUUGAUGAUCUCAAGAGGCUGUGGGUGGGAGCGUGGACUUAUGAUGUGUCUCGUAAACAAAAUUUUAAUAUGCGAGCGGCUUUGAUGUGGACAAUUAAUGACUUUCCUGCAUAUGGCAUGUUGUCUGGAUGGGGUACACAUGGUAAAAUGGGAUGUCCGCAUUGCAUGAAUCACACAAAAGCGUUUACUUUGGACUUUGGUGGGAAAAGUUCGUGGUUUGACUGUCAUCGUAGGUUCUUACCUACCAACCAUGAAUUUAGAAGGAAUAAAGAUGCUUUUAGAAAAGGAAUAAAAGUAAAAGAUCUACCUCCCCCUCGAUUGUCAUCGACUCAAGUAUGGAAUAAUGUUUGUGACCUACCAAAAUUCACAGACUAUGGUGAAGCACGUAGAAUUAAAGGAUAUGGGGUUGACCAUAAUUGGACAAAAAGAAGUAUCUUUUGGGACCUCCCAUAUUGGAAGGAUAAUUUGUUGCGUCAUAAUCUUGAUGUCAUGCAUAUUGAGAAGAACUUUUUUGAUAAUGUGCUUAACACGGUGAUGGAUAAUGAGAAGACAAAAGACAAUGAGAAGGCUAGGAAAGACAUGGAACUUUAUUGUAAUCGAAAAGAAUUGGAGUUGAAACCUCGACCAAACGGAAAAUUAUUAAAACCCAAGGCUUGUUACACUCUUACUCCCCAAGAAGCAAAAGCUGUAUGUCGGUGGUUAAAUGAAUUGAGGAUGCCUGAUGGUUAUUCUUCUAACCUGGCAAGAUGUGCUGACGCCAACACUGGUAAAUUGCAUGGAAUGAAAAGUCACGAUUGUCAUAUUUUCAUGGAACGAUUACUUCCAAUUGCAUUCAGUUCACUGCCCAAGAAUGUGCUUAAUCCACUUACUGAGAUCAGUCAAUUUUUUAAAGACAUUUGUGCUUCAACUUUAAGAGUAGACGACAUCAUUAAAUUGGACCGAAAUAUUCCUGUCAUUCUUUGCAAGUUGGAGCAAAUAUUCCCGCCAGGUUUCUUUGAUUCUAUGGAGCAUCUCCCUGUGCAUCUUGCUUAUGAAGCUUUUCUAGGUGGACCUGUUCAAUAUAGAUGGAUGUAUCCAUUUGAACGAUUCAUGGGUGAUUCAAAGCGAUCAGUUAAAAAUAAGAAUCAUAAGGAAUGA